GAGUAUAUUGCUGAAGUUUUAGAAAUUUUAGAAAGUACUGUUGGUCAGGUUAUUUGUGAAUGGAAUAAAAAUAAAGCCGGCAAAUUUAUUACAUACAAACUAAUUGGACAGCCUUUAUUAAAACAUAAUCCUGAUAUCAUUUCACUUUUGUAUAAAAAAAUUACUAGUGCAAAUAAAAAUAGAAGCCCUAUUUCAACACCAGUUCUUCACCAUUUUCUUGCUAAAAAUAG